CUCUUUCACUCAUUCAUUCACUCUCUCUCUUUCUCUUUCUCUCCUCCUCUCCUCUUCAAGCACAAGUGAAUUCAUACAGAACACGGUGAACAAAACUUCCUUGUUUUUCAAAGUCCGGUCAACAGAGAAUGGCGGACAGCGAUUUGUAUCUGGUUUACCAUGGUCUCCUGCUACCAAAGAUAUCUCACACAGACGAAAGUCUCAACUACCUCCAGAAUUUCCAAGUCAAAGAUGAUGAUGUCUUUGUUGUUACCUAUCCAAAAUCCGGUACCACAUGGAUGCAGGAAAUUCUUCCUCCGCUCCUGAAUGGAGGAGACCUGACGUCCGUGGAAACCAUCCCUAACUGGGACAGAGUUCCAUGGCUGGAGGAAACUCGAGCUUCAGCGGUUUUAGAUAAGCUCCCUUCACCGCGAGCCAUCGUCUCCCACAUGCCUUAUAAUUUGAUGCCUUCCUCCUUUUUCAAGUCAAAGGCCAAGGUAAUCUACGUCACUCGGAAUCCUAAAGAUGUUUUAGUCUCAUCUUUCCACUUUCAUCAAAUGGCUUGUUUCCUUGAAGACCCUGGAACAUUUGAAGAAUUCAUUGACAAAUUCCUGUCAGGAAAACAUUUGUUCGGAAAGUGGGCCGACCAUGUGAAAAGCUGGCGAAACCCUGAGCUCGGCGACAGAGUUCUGUACAUCACCUACGAAGAAAUGCUUCAGGACCUCCGUGAAGUCCUGGGCCGGAUUUUAAAAUUUCUUGGCCGGGAGCUCAGCGCAGAGGGUCUGGAUCACGUGGUUAGUCAUGGCACUUUCAAAAAUAUGAAAACAAACAAAAUGUCAAACUACUCUCUGGUGCCAGAAAACGUUAUGGACAACAAGAAGUCACCCUUCCUCAGAAAAGGUAUCGCUGGAGACUGGAAGAAUCACUUCAGCCCUGAACUUGAUGCCAAGUUUACAGCUGUAAUUCAAGAGCAAAUGAAAGGAAGCAAAAUCAAAUUCCCGUGGGAUGAGGAAUGAGUGAAUCUCUUGUAAUGACAUCUCGGUGCACAUCAAAAUAAACAGUCAUAGAUGGAA